ACCUGCAACAUGUGCAAACGGGGUCAUUUGAAGAUAAAACACUCUGGUUUAUGGAAGUAUGAUGCAUGGGUACUUGACUAAGAGCGUAAGAAUAUAUCGUGAAAAGGAUUUAUCUAUUGCUAACAAUAUUCUGUGAAGGAUUCUGCUAGAACUACAUGCGAUGCAGAGUUAUUUGAAUCCCCAGCAUCAACUAAAGUUGCCUCAACUCUGAUCUGGCCAGUGACUAGACCAGUCUUUUUUUUAUGUUGAAGCAAGUUUGAGUGGAAGUGUUUUCCAUUGGACAUUGCAUGAGUCACAUUUUUUGGGUGGUAGCAGGGCAUUGCUGACUUGCACUAGUGUACAAUGGAAUCGGAUAAAGACAAUAACCAGCAAAACAAUGGCCAGCAAGACCCAUCAGCCGCAGAGGCUCCGGUGAGUGAAAUGGACAGUACUCUGGUAGAAGGUGCUCCAGCGGAAGGUGUUCCAGAAGGAGAGGCUCCUCCAGCAAAAGAGGCUCCAGCAGAUGAGAAAGUAGAGAUUGAGGAUGAGGUAAAGCCAACAAAAGGGGAGGCAGAACAACCGGGGAUUGAGGAAGCAACAGAAAAGGAACCUAUGCUUCUCCCGAACUCUGAGUCUGAAGGUCAUCAAGGGGACGGUGAUCAUGCUGCAGAAGUGCAGAAAAAAGUAAUACCGGAGCAAAAGCAAAAUGGAGCCCAUCCUACAGCUGAUCAAGUACCAGUUGAAGUGACAAUCGAAAAAUGCACCAAACCGCCCUCUUCCUCCUAUAGCACUGUCCGCAAGAUUCUUAUAGGUCUGUCCAUUGGCCUUGGUGUUGCAAUUUCGUGGGUGGCGGCUACUCAGUUCAUGAAGGCAAUGUACGAUGAGAACUUUGAUGCUCCGUUCUUUAUCAUCUGGUUCUCAACAAUUUGGAUGUUGGUGUGCUACCCAAUCUACAUCAUUGGCUCCUUGGUGAUCUUCAAGGAUCAGAGGAAUGCCGGCUGGGCUGGUAUCAAAGAGUUAUAUAAGGCUGAUCAGCAGAUAUAUGGAGAGAGAGGCAUGACUCUCUGGAACUGCCUAAAACUGACAGGUCCAUUCUGUGCCCUGUGGAUAAUCACAAACUACAUGUACGCUGCGGCUCUCAAGUUCAAGUCGCCGACGGAUGUCACAGCACUCUUUGUCACCAAUACUGCAUUUAUCUAUGUAUUCUCUUGGAUUUGGUUGGAGGAACUGCUCAUCCUUCUUCCUGCCAGGUUAUGCUCGGUGCUUCUGUCCAUUGUGGGUACUGUCUUGAUGAUGGCAGCUGAUGGCUUUGGAGGCGGGAGUGUCAUAGGAGUACUCUUGGCUUUGGGUGCUGCAAUAGGAGCGGCCCUCUACAAGGUUCUGUUCAAGCGCUUCUUGGGUGAUGCCACCUACGGUCAGGUGUCUCUAUUUCUCACCAUGCUGGCCCUGCUCAACCUCGUCCUCCUCUGGCCCAUCAUGCUCGGCCUCUACUUUGGCAAGCGGGAGAUUAUGGACUGGAACAACCUGCCUUGGGCGUUCCUCUGCGGGACGUCAGCUCUUGGCAUUGUAUUCAACUUCCUGGUUAAUUUUGGAAUAGCUCUCACCUACCCCCUCCUCAUCUCCCUGGCUAAUAUUGUAGGGAUCCCAAUCAAUGCAGUGAUUGAUACAGCAUUCCUAGAUAUGGAGCUGCCUCCUCUUAAGAUCGUUGGUGCCCUCCUCAUCAUCGGUGGUUUCAUCAUCAUGCUCCUCCCCGAGACGUGGCAGACGAAGGUGGCAUGCUGGAAGGAAGGCGACGCCCCCUGCAGGCGGAGAGGGGACAUGCAGCGUGUACCGAGCGAGGAACUUGAAGAAAGAACUGUGAGGUUGUAGCUGUUUGAUGGAUGGUGGUGUAGGGAAGUAGUCAUCUGAACACAGCACAGUUGUACAUGUAGGUCUAACGAAGUGUACAAUCAAACUUGCAAGCAAUUGUAUCUGUUUGGUACAUAGUUCGUUUUGGACUUGCAUUGAUAUCAAGGAAAAGUUGAACUUUUGUUCUCAACACAAAAGAAAAAAAAUCUGUAGAAUUACCUCAAAACUUUUGGCUGCUAACUGCAGCCUUCCUCAGCAAGACCGAAGUGACCCGAUUUGAGCUGUAGACGUAGCGAUUGAUAUCAAAACGUAGACACUCGGAACCUUGUAUUGCUCUCCGUCCCUAUUGAGUUAAGGUUUGAAUGAGGUAAUUCUUCAGAUUUUUUCGCAAUGUGUUGAGAGCAAAAGUUCAAUUUUUUCUUUUUUUUCAACCAACACAGAUGAACUUUGAUGAUCACAUUGAUAUCAGUUGUAUUGUGGAGUUUAUCUUUUACAUUAAGGGGCUGUUAUGUGAUUAAAAGCAAGGGAAGAUAUAAAAUGCAGACCAAUGGAAUACCAUAAUUCAAAUGUUAGCUUUAAUUAUGAUUUUCAUGUGUAAAAAUCAUCAAAAUAGGAUGUCUCUGACACGAAAAUAUAAGUUUUCACAGGUUCGUUUGUAAGAUGUGAUUGAAAUUUGCUAGAAAAUAAAGAUUUUUUACUCUCUCUCUUUAUGCAUUGGCAGGUAUGUAUGCAACUCUACUGUGCAAAUGCUUGGCAACUUGCAAUAUUAGUAGGAUAAAUCCUUUGCUGUGCACUCCAGAUUUAGUAUUUAUGUCAUGAUGUUGAUAGGGAUAUUACGAGACAAAGAAAUAGUGGAGUGUGUGUAUUCUGUUCCUUAAGAUGGAUUUCUUCAGUAUUUUACUUGAAGUCUUUGUGUCCAUUUUUCUGUCUCAGGUGUGAAGUGGCUAUUGGUGCUGGUCAUUUGAAUGUUCAUGGGUGUAUGUUUGAUAGGACUCUUCAUUGGUUUGUAUAAGUGUGUAUGUUCCAGUGUGCACUGUGAUGAGUGUGGAUGAAGAGAAGACGUUAAAUUACAGAACCUGAUGAAUUUAAGGAUAAUGAGUCGUAA